CAAGGCAACUCGAUCAGAUCCAACAGUCCCGAGCUCUGGGUGUCUCCUCCUUACACCAUCUCCGAAACCAAAAACGUGUUCGUUGCAGUUGGAUGCGACACAUAUGCGUUUUUUAUAGGUUACCGGGGUGAAGAAGAGUACACAACUGGGUGUAUGUCCAAAUGUGACAAUCUUGGCAACGCUAUCAAUCGGCGGGAUACUUGCUCUGGCGUUGGAUGUUGCCAAACUAAAAUCCCUAGUGGGCUGAAAAAUCGGACUGUGACCUUGGGAAGCUUUAACAAUUAUACAUAUGUGCUAGACUCCCACCGAUGCAGCUACGCGUUCCUUGUGCAAGAAGGCGAGUUCAACUUUAACAGCACGAGUGAUCGAGAACUAAACGAUACAACCCAGCGUCCGGCAAUUAUUGAUUGGGUAAUUGGGAAUGAGUCAUGUGAUAUUGCAGCUAAAAACGAGAGCACUUUUGCAUGCAAGGCAAAUAGCUACUGCCAUAAUCGGUCUUCAGGGGGCUACAUAUGCCGGUGCCGGUCAGGUUACGAAGGGAACCCAUACCUCCCAGGUGGUUGCCAAGAUAUUGAUGAGUGCAAGGCUCCAGACUCCUGCGGUAAUGGAACCUGCAUAAAUAAAGCGGGAGGUCAUUCUUGUCUAUGUCCGAAAGGGUACAUAUACGAUCCGGAUGAAAAAAGUUGCAUCAAGGACAAUGGUCGAGCGGACAAUGGUCGAGCAAAGCUCAGUCUCCCGCUUAUUAUUUCACUAGGUUGUUAA